AUGGCAUUAAAAUCAUCGCCGGCUGUUCUCGGGAUGCUCACUCGAUUAUCCCGUCGCAGUUUUGCCACAUCGAAAGCUCUGGCUUCUAAGCCGGUGACUGUAAGAGAUGCUUUAAAUCAAGCGAUCGACGAGGAGAUGGAGAGAGACGAGAAAGUCUUCGUUUUGGGAGAGGAAGUCGCUCAAUACGAUGGUGCCUACAAAGUUACAAGGGGUCUAUGGAAGAAAUAUGGUGAUAAAAGAGUUAUCGACACACCCAUCACAGAGGCAGGAUUCGCCGGUAUAGCUGUUGGAGCUGCUUUUGCAGGGCUCAAGCCUAUUUGUGAAUUCAUGACCUUUAACUUCUCUAUGCAAGCUAUUGAUCAUAUAAUAAACUCAGCAGCCAAGACCUUCUAUAUGUCAGCUGGCACGGUACCAGUGCCAAUAGUAUUCCGAGGCCCUAAUGGAGCUGCCUCCGGUGUUGCCGCACAACAUUCCCAGUGCUUUGGUGCCUGGUACAGCCACUGUCCGGGCCUUAAAGUUCUUAUGCCUUAUUCAGCAGAGGAUGCUAAAGGUCUCCUGAAAGCUGCCAUCAGGGAUCCCGACCCAGUUGUUAUGUUGGAAGAUGAAAUUAUGUAUGGUAUACCAUUCCCAAUGUCAGAUGAAGCCCAGUCCAAAGACUUUGUACUUCCUAUUGGCAAAGCUAAGGUAGAAAGGGAGGGUCGGCACAUCACGCUAGUGUGCGCUGGACGAGGCACCGACACCGCGCUCAAGGCCGCUGAACAACUGGCUGGAAGCAAGGGUAUAGAAUGUGAAGUAGUAAAUCUAAGAACAAUAAGGCCAAUGGAUUUCGACACGAUCGCUCGGUCCAUUGCCAAAACACAUCAUCUCAUUACUGUAGAACAAGGAUGGCCGCAAUCUGGAAUCGGUGCAGAGAUCUGCGCCCGCGUCAUGGAGUCGCCGUCGUUCUUCGAGCUGGACGCGCCAGUGUGGCGAGUGUGCGGCGCCGACGUGCCCAUGCCCUACGCCAGGACGCUCGAGGCGCACGCGGUGCCCGGACCCGCCGACGUGGUAGACGCCGUCACCAGCGUGCUCGGCAACAAAAUCAGUGCAGUGCAAGCCCAGUAGAACAGGGAAUCUCCACAAGCAAAUAUAAAUUAAUAAUGUUCGGAUAAUCUGUACAUAUUUUAUUUAUUUCUACAUGGUGCAUUGAAUGAAAAGCAAAGAAGUCGUAACUUGAUUGCUAUUGUGAUUUAACUAUACAUUUAUAUUGAGAUUAGAAUUUAAUAAUUUUAUUAAAGAUACUAUUUGUUGAACAAAAA